AUGCGAAUUGCUUCUGCUAUUGGUAAACCCAUAAAGAUUGAUUUAGCGACUAAAUCGGCAGAAAGAGGCAAAUUUACUCAUGCCUGCGUUCAAGUGAAUCUUGGAUUACCAGUUGUUCGGAAGAUUAUUGUUGAUGGCUAUGAAUAUGAUGUGGAGUACGAAUGCCUGCAGUUGUUAUGUGAAAAGGGCAACUGUUUCGGCUAUACCGCAGUCACAUGCAAGGGAGAGGCAGUAGAUGUUAAGUCCGGGGAUGAGACUCGCAGUGAUGGGGCGAUGAGGAAGGCAACGGAUCUGAGUGGCCAACGCUUAGGAAACCAAAUGGAGAAAGAUUUUGAAUUUGGUAACAAUCCCAAUUUGUCUGCGUCAGUUACGGAUUAUGUGGAGAAAGAUGAGGUUACAUUGCAUGGCAAGGAGGCUAAAAAUGGGCACGUGAUGGAGGAGGAAGGGUGGACUAAAAUUAGGCUAAGUUCAGGUAAAGGCCCAAUCAUAAAGAAAGGAGAGAAGGCUUUGAUGGGCCAUAGGGCAAGUAUUGGGUCUUCCAAGUUCAGGAAGCACCAUGCUCCAAUGCUUGGCAAAGGAAAAAAUCAGGGUGCCAAUCUCAUACCCACUGUAGCGACCUUCACUCCUAUAAUCAAGAACGGCCAUAAGAGGCUGAGACUGGCAUCUCUCCAAAGCUCACCGGUGCCGCUGAGCAAUGAUGGCGGUGUGGGUCAGCAGCAACGGAUUUCACCUUCUACGUCACCUAAUGCGAUGGGGAGUGCUCCAGAACAAAUAUCAAUUUUCUUUCCUGGAAUAUUAGAGGGGCUUCUAACAAAUUGGCCCGAGUUCACUGCAAAGAAGGCAAGUGGUCAUAGUGGAGGAAUUUGGAUUUUAUGUUCUAAUCCUUCAAUAUCAGUGAGAGUUUUAGAUGCAGUUGAUCAGUGUAUUAGCCUUGAGAUUCAGAUGGGUGCUUUUUCUAGUUUUUGCAGUGUUGUGUAUGCUAAUCCUCAUGUUCAUCGGCGUAUGAGGUUGUGGAAUGAUUUGAUCAGGGUCUCUAAUAUGAUUCAAGGCCCUUGGAUUGUGCUAGGUGAUUUUAAUGAUAUUCUGAUGCAGAACGAGGUGAGAGGAGGUUCCUUUUAUAAUGCAAGAUCGGAGAAGUUUGCUGAAACCUUGGCUGAAUGUAAUUUGUUUGAUAUGGAGGCUAUUGGGAGAAAUUUUACUUGGUUUCGAAAGGUGAAAGGUAGGCUGCAGGUAGCAAAAAAAUUGGAUAGAGCGGUGAUCAAUCAAGAGUGGCGCCUUUUAUUCCCGGAGGCAUAUAAUGAGGUGUUAGCGCAUCUUCAUUCUGAUCAUUGCCCCUUGCUCAUUAGAUGCAAGAAGGAGGAGACUGCUAAGAAAGGUAACCGUCCUUUUCGAUUCCAGGCUACUUGGUUAACCCACCCCCUCUUUCGGGAUGUUGUUCAUACAGCUUGGAGUAAAGGAGCCCCAGAUGUUAUUAAGAGUUUGCUUGAAGUCCAAAAGGAUGCGCUUAAUUUCAAUAAAGAGAUUUUUGGAAAUGUGUUUGUUAAAAAGAGGGAGCUUGAAAGACAACUAAAUGAUAUUCAAGUGUCUCUGGAAAGAUGGGAAGACCCGGAGCAGCAGAUUAAAGAGCAAGGUUUGCAUGAGGAGCUAAACUCUAUCCUCCUCCAAGAAGAGCUAAUAUGGUACCAAAAAUCUAGAGAAAAAUGGAUUAGAUGUGGAGACCGAAAUACUAAAUUUUUUCAUCUUCAAACGAUAAUCAGGCGAAAAAGGAACAAGAUUCAUGGAUUGUUUCUUGAAGAUGGCACUUGGUCUUCUGAGGCGACGGUUUUGGAAUCGGAAACAAACUAUUUCUUUCAAAAACUUUUCUCUACAAGGGAGGCAGUUAAUUUGGAUGCCAUGGGGGAAUUUUCUUGUCCUUCUCUUAGCAGAGAGGCCUGCCAAAAGCUUGUUGAACCAGUAGCUCUCGAAGAGGUGAAAAGAGCUGUGUUUGGCAUGAAUUCUUUCAAAGCUCCGGGUCCAGAUGGAUUUCAAGCUCUCUUUUAUAAAGAAUUUUGGGAAUCUCUGAGCAGUGAUGUGUGGGGCUUAGUGAAGAAAGCCUUUGCAGGUGAGAACAUCAGUGCGGCUGUGUUUGACACAUUCAUUGUUCUGAUCCCCAAAGUUGAAGCUCCGUCUUACCUGAAAGAUUUUCGUCCUAUUAGUUUAUGUAAUGUGAUUUACAAAAUUAUUACAAAAGUCCUUGUUAAUAGGUUUCGUCCUUUCCUUUCUGAGAUCAUUGGACCGCUUCAGGGUGGUUUUAUUCCAGGGAGAGGAACAACGAAGAAUAUAAUAAUUGCGCAAGAAAUAAUGCAUUUCAUGAGGAAAACCAAGUCAAAGAAGGGUUCUAUGGCAUUUAAGAUUGAUCUUGAAAAAGCCUAUGACAGAGUAGACUGGAGAUUCCUUGAAACUUCCUUGAUCAAAUUUGGUUUUCCUGUGGCUACUAUUAAUCUUAUCAUGGCUUGUGUGACUUCGUCCUCUUUGUCUAUUCUGUGGAAUGGUAAUAGGCUUCAAAGCUUUAAACCCAUGAGGGGGCUGAGACAGGGGGAUCCCAUGUCCCCUUAUCUUUUUGUGCUCUGUAUGGAGAAUCUUUCUUGUCUUAUAUCGCAUAAAGUCUCUCAAGGAUCCUGGAUCCCCGUAUUUAUUUCUAGACAUGGACCAAAAAUCUCUCACUUGAUGUUUGCUGAUGAUCUCUUACUAUUCUGUAAAGCAACAAACACUCAGGUGACAGAGGUUAUGAAGACACUGUAUAUGUUUACUCAAGCGUCGGGACUGAAGGUGAAUAUCCAUAAAUCUAAGGCUCAAUGUUCCAAGAAUGUUUCAGCGAGAAGAAAAGAGGUGCUUUCAGGGAUCUCUAGUAUCCGAUUUUGUCAAGAUCUGGGAAGAUAUUUGGGAGUUAAUAUUGGUCAUGAUAGGGCUUCUAGGAAGAUGGCGCAGGAGGUCAUUGACAAGAUACAGAGAAAACUUGCUAGUUGGAAAGGGUGCUUGCUUAACAAGGCAGGCAGACUUUGUCUUGUGAAUGCGGUGAUGACUUCUAUUCCAGUUUACAAUAUGCAAGUUUUCCUUCUUCCGAAGUAUGCGUGCGACAAGAUUGAUUCUUUGAUGCGUCAGUUCUUAUGGAAAGGUCAAUCGAAUGGGAGAGGGUUGCCGUUGGUCAAGUGGGACAUUGCUAUAACUUCUAAGAAGGCAGGUGGCUUGGGUGUUAGAGAUACUCUCUGUGCGAACAUGGCUCUACUUGGCAAGUUGGUUUGGGAUUGUCUAAAUAAUAAGAACAAGUUGUGGGUGCAGGUUCUAACUCACAAAUACCUCCAGAACUCCAAGGACUUGGGCAGCAGUCAUUGUCACAAUGCCUCAAUUACUUGGAGGAAUAUUCUAAAGGCUUAUGAUAUCUUAAAAGAAGGAUUUCGAUGGAAUGUGGGAAAUAUGCAACAAUCAAUUUGGUACGAUGAGUGGAGUCCUCUUGGCAAACUUUGUGAGCUUACGUCUUAUGUUCACAUAUCUGAAACAAAUUUUUCUCUUGCUGAUUUGUGGAGCAAUGGUACUUGGGAGGGGGAUAAGCUUGUAACGCCAAUUUCUCAUGAGGUCAAACAGUUUCUUCACAGUCUUGGGCCUCCUUUAAUGUCAGAAUCAGAGCCCGGAUGGAUUUGGUGGUCCGCAUCACUAAAAGCCUAUAGCUCUCGAGAAGGUUAUCGUUGGCUCCUGACAAAGAAAGUGAAUUCGAUCGAAAAUAGCAACUGUGGGUGGAUUUGGCGCCUUAAUUUGCCAGAGAAGAUAAAGAUGAAGAUGUGGUUGGGUCUACAAAAUGCGCUUCCGACAAAUGCCUUCCAGUUCAAGCGUCAUUUAACUGAUUCGGAUAGAUGUUCGAGAUGCAAUGCAGAUCUGGAAACAAUGGAGCAUUGUCUUAGGGAUUGUGAGAAAUCAAGAUGCAUUUGGCAAAUGUUGGAUCCUUUGCUUAUUGAUUCAUUUGAAGGUACUCCCUUGGAAUUUUGGAUUCGGAAGGUUAUGCCGGGCAAUGAGGCAAUUGUAGGGGCGGGUCUUUGGUGGGUGUGUUGGCAUCGUUGCAAUGAUAUUUUCAAUAAUGGAGAUCAGUGGUCAAACUAUAAGGUUGUUGCUAUGGCUCAGAUUACUGCUAAUGAUUUAAGAAAGUCUGCCAGUACCAAGUGUAUAACUUUCAAGGAUCGAAGGAGUUGGAAACCUCCAACAGGUGACACUUUUAAAGUUAAUUGUGAUGCGAGUCUGUUUUCUGAUUGGAACCUAGCAAGAAUUGGUUGUGUUAUUAGAGAUUCUAAUGGGCGUUGGAUUUCGGGUUGUUCUAGUAGCUAUCCUCCAGGGCCUAUCGUCAGAUGUGAGCUUUUUGCUGUUUGGAGGGGUUUGAUUUUAGCUUGGGAUUAUGGCUUGAGAGAUAUUGUGUGCGAAACAGAUUCUCUUAACAUUUUGCACAUUUUAAAAAAUCCGGCAAAUGGGCUAAAUUGUGAUGUGGUUGAUAUUCUUCAGAAGAUACAGGAGCUUCUAUCAAGACCUUGGGUUGUGGAUUUUGAAUGGAUUACCCGUGAUGUUAACGCUGUGACAGAUUGGCUGGCGAGAUAUGCGGUCAAAACCAAUCCAACUCAUGUUAUUUGGUCGGAACCUUGUGAUGAGUUUCAGUAUCUUAUGCUUGUUGAUUUAGGAUAA